GCAGGUUAGGCUGGAGCGGAGGUGGCAGCGGGUGUGACAGAUUGCCAAAAAAGUUGUUAGGCAGAAGUGACUGGGGAAAACUUGGAAGCAGUGGAAGGUGUCGGGGUGGUUAAUGAAGAGGUUUAAAACUGGUUCUUCAUACGAUCGGAGUCCGACUCCACUCUCAUUUCCUCCAGCAGCAGCAGAGAAGGAAGGAUCUCUACAUCCUUGUAUAGAUCCCUCUGGGCAACUCCAACUGCUGCUGGAUCCAUCCCUCUCGGUCCAUUUGAUCCAUUGAAGCCGCAACCUCACCUUGUUUUUGGUCGGGUCCUUCUGUCAUGAUUUGUGGAAGAGGUGGAAAGGAGAAAAAUGGUAGACCCAGGUUGCAGGGAAGGCGAUGGUGAUUUAAUGAUGAAAUAUAUAACAAUACAGACAGGACAGAAGAGCAAAAGCAAUGACUCACUGGUAGUAACUGGAACUCGACUGGAAGACAACUGACAGAAUAGACAGACUGGUUCAACAAGGACCCGAAGAGGAACAAGGAACAUGGGUUUAAAAACACAGAGGGUAAUCAGGGAACGAGACACAGCUGGGAAAAACCAAGGUGUAAACAGGACCGCACGGAGACUCAAAAGGCACAGAAAUCCAAAAUAAACACACAGAAAAACUCAAAUCAAUACAGAGAAAACCCAAUCCUGACAAAAGUCGGUGAGGUGUGAGAAAUGCACAGUGCUUUGUAUUAUAAAUGUGCGAGUGGCUUAAAGAAUCCUUUUUUUGACUAAGAUUAAAAAAAAUAAAUACACUACUUCUUCUAAUUCUUGUUCUUGUUUUUCCUUUAAGCGGUGAAACUUUCCUGUGACGGCAGACAAAAUGGAGCUGAAAAUGUAGAGUUUUGGGAAGAGCAGACUGUCUCGCUGAACCAGGUUCUCAUUCAGGGGGUUUGGCAGGAAACAUUUUGUGUGGACUUAAUUCAUGAGGGUUCACUUUGAUUGCUCCACAGUCUAUUUGUGUGGAAUAUGUUCAAAUCAAAGAAAGAUAAUCUGUGUUGUAUUUUUGGGAGUAAUUGUGUUGUGAGCUAUCAGGAACAUCAACUUUUUUGUGAUAUCAGUAUCAACUAUAAAAAUCUCUCCAUUCCCUCUGAAUGCAGUUGUUCAUCAGUGACAUGAGUUCAGUCCUCCUAAGCAAACAAACGUCGAUUUUGUCAAAGAUUACUGAGAGCUGCUAAUCAACAAACCUGAAUAAUAAAGAAAGAUGGCAGCAGCUGUUGGACUGUUGCUGAUGAUACUUGGAGUCUCUCAAGGUCUGUCAGCUCACUGUGAUGUCAGAAAGGAUGGAGUUCAAUGUAACGUGACUUUGGGAGAAACUGUGUUUCUACAGCUGAUGGACAACGCUUCGGGAAUUAGAUUUGACUUGAAAAAGGAAAAUGUAAAUUUACUAAAAGGGGAAAAAAAUGGAAAAGUUACAAAUGAAAUAAAAGACAGAUCAGAUUUUACAUCCAAUAAUGGAACAUUCAGGAUUAAUGACCUGAAACACAGUGACAGUGGUGAAUAUAACCUUACAGUCUUUGGUCCAGAUGGGAGGCUGACAGAAACUCGGACUUUUCAUUUGUCUGUUCAAGGCAGUUCCUCAUUGAGAAUCGGACUUAUCACGUCAAGUAUUUGCGGCGUUCUUCUUUUCUUCAUCAUUUUAGCUGUCAUCUAUGCAUGGAGGAAAAAACAAAAACGCAAAGAAACGGAAGAUCCCACCGAUUUAACCUACGCUGUUGUUACAACAGUGCAGAAGACAGCGGGGAGGUCAAAUAAGCAGAAAGUGGAAGAGGAGGUGGAGUACGGCCAGAUCAAGUCUGCAGGCUGAUUUCAGCGCUCUAAAACAGACAUCAUGAACUGAAUAUCAGUUCCAAUAAUGUACAAUGUUCUCAGGACAGAUGGAUGAAGAAGCUGGAAUCCUCUUUUAUUGUGAUUUUACAUUAGAAAAGCUUACAAACUAUUAAAGCUCAUAAUGCAGUAUGUCUGAUGUCGCCACAAAUGUAUUUGGUCACGGUGAAGUUUAAUUUGUUGAUGCUCUGCACUGAUGUCUCCUAAAAUACCAGAAAAAAGACUAAUUCAAAGUAAUUGUCCUAAUUGGGGAAAUUGUGUCUAUUUGGUUUUAGUUAAGUUCUUUUGAUCAAAAAAUAUUUUUAGACAGUCAAAACAGGGACACUAUAGAGCAUAUAUUGUAAACCAAUAUAUACCGUGUUCUCUUCUCUGUCCACUUUUAAAGCUCGUCUUAAAACCCAUCUAUUUAACUUGGCUUUCAACACCAGUGAG